CAAUAAAAGCAAAUUAAAAAAAACGCGGCGGCUCGGCUUUUCUUAUCCUAUUUAGCAGGACCAUGCCGAUCCAAUUAGCCUAGCAGACGUACAAUCACGACCCAACUCUCUCUCUCUUUCUUUCUCGCUAUUGGAUCGCUGCCAUUGGAUUCGUUUUUCUUGUUUUGAUUUUGUAGAGGAAGAUUGACUUCGUUUUGAUUUUGAAGAAGUUGAAACUGUAAGGAAGAAAAUAAUGGGGAUCCCAUCAGAAAUGAGAGAUUACUUGGCACAGACAAUCAGAAACAACAAGAAGUAUAACGCUUCCUUUGUGAUUCCUUCUCCAGCUGAGGAAAAGAGGAUUUUGGAAUCUAAACGUUGCACUGAAGAAGGUGCUCGUGCCGGAGCUAAGGCAGCUGCUAUCACUUGUGUUGUCACUGCUGUCCCUACUUUGACUGCUGUUCGCGUGAUUCCUUGGGCAAAGGCGAAUCUCAAUUACGUUGCUCAAUCACUCAUUAUCUCUGGUGGUAUGAUUUGAGUUUAAUUGUGUUUAGAACAUCAAUUGCUGCUUAUUUCAUCACUGCUGACAAAACUAUCUUGGAGUGCGCAAGAAGAAAUGCUCGAUAUGACAAAUGAACUUGAGAUGCUAAAUUUUAUUCCCCCAAUGAUGUGUUGUUCAAUUCCGGGAAUUUGUUGUUGAAUUAGAGGUGUUGUAUUUUUACAAGGAACCCAUUGUAACUGUGGUGAGAUAAAACUUCUUUUGCUCUCUCACCAAGAUGUCUGUUACUGAGCCGGCUGUAAUGCUUACUUAUUGCGCUCAGCAGUUUACUAUUUUUAUGCAUUUGUGUGAGAAAUAAGAUUUUCCAUUGAAGUCUUUUAAUAGAAUUGGUCCUGGAGACAGACAAAAUCAGGGAGAAUAGAUUAAUUUUACUUCACUUAA